GGCAAACAAAAAUAAAUGAAUCACACAACCCACCGCUCAACCACCACCAGCCCCAUCUUCUAAAAUAUUCUAUCUCUUCUUCUCUCCUUUUUAUUUCGUUUAAAUUUAUAUAUCUUCCAAAAUCCUUAGCACAAACAUUAUAUAUAUUCCUCUUCAUAUUUUGAAGAAAAUAUUACUUUUUGUUUUUUGUUUAAUUCUAUAUCUCGUAACUAAAUGGCGAGCGAAGGAGUCGUCGUUGUCGGAGGAGAGAGAGAAGGAGCUGAGAUCGUGUACGGAGCGGAGGAAUGUUACAAGCAAUCAUUGGAGCUUCUGGAGGAGCUAGGGUUUCCGAAAGGAGUGAUGCCUUUGAAGAAUCUUGUGGAGUGUGGAAGAGUUAGAGCCACUGGUUACGUGUGGAUGAAGCAAAACUCUCCUUAUGAGCAUUUCUUCGAAUCCACCAACACUCGCGUUUCCUACGGUCUCGAGGUCACUGCCUAUGUCGAAAAGUGUUGUAUGAAGAAGAUGACAGGAGUGAAGAGUAAGCAGAUGUUUAUGUGGGUACCGAUCGUGGAGAUGAGUAUGGAGGAGCCAAAGAGCAAGAAGAUUUACUUCAAGACUCCUAUGGGAAUCGGCAGGUCUUUUCACGUUACCGCAUUCAUGGACGACGAAGAGAAACGCAACUUUUACUUGGAGAAUCCCAAAAAUUAAACGACGUCCUUUAAUAAUUAAUUGGUUCAUCAUAUGAUUAUUACAUUUUGGGUUGCUUUUUUUUAAUUUUCAGUUUUAUUUUAAUACAUCUUGUAAGGUUUCUCUAUGUCACAUUGCUAUUAAAAUAAUGAUAUACUCCGACACAUUUCUGGGAGCGUUGA